AUGCCGCAUUUCCCUCGGCCGGCCCCUCCCCAUCUCGAAUCUCCCCCUCUCUCUUCAACUCUUUCUCGUUCCCCCUCACCUCACUCCCCCAUCGGAGCCAACAGCCGCAUCUCCCUCAGCCGGCCCCUACCCAUCUGCUCCUACUGGGACAUUUCCCGCUUUACCCCCUACGAGUGGGUGUCUCCCGAGUUCUACCUCCUUGCAGCGCGGGCCACCCUCACACGCCCGUCCGUGGGGUUCGUGUGGGUGCAGUCCCCCAACAUGAUCGUGAAAGGGCCGUUUCAGGCGGGGAUGGUGAUGGGGGUGGGGAGCAACGUGGGGGGAAGCGUGAGGGGCAACGUGGCGGGGGUGGGGCGGGACAGGGGCCCCAGGGAUGGUGAUGGGGGUGGGGGGAAACGCAGGGGAAGGGGGGAACGCAGCAGGGGUGGGGCGGGACAGGGGAGUGAUGGCGCCACUGCUGGCGCAUGCACGCACUAG